CGGCCCCGAUUUCCUUAUCCAAAUUACUUUCCUUCAGCCGUUAACCUCUCCUUUCAAAAUUUCAUGCCGUUACGCUCCUGACUGAACUUAACUAAACUAACACUCCUCAGUCCUCAGACCCACCUGGCCUAAAUAUAAUUUAAAAAGAAAAGAAAACUCUUCAACUGAAAAACCCGCGAGAGUUCCUUCGAAACUUUUCUUCGCGAUCUGAUGUUUUCUUGGCAAACUCUCACCAGCGUAACCGUUCCAUCAUCGUCCUUAAAACGUUACCGUUUGUAUGGUGCUCGCUCGCUCGAUUCUUACCGUAUAUUAAGAGCCGCUGCAACUCUCAAGGUUCCCGGUAUCUCUCCGAGGCUCCGGGCUAUAUCCACUGAACCAAUUGAAUCCAGAAGCGACGACGUCAGAUUAACACUGAGCGAUACCGAGGAUCUUGUUCCAAGAAACGAAAAUGAAAAGGAAGAAGAAGAAGAAAAACCAGGAAUUUCAAGAAUUCAAGUUUCCAGACAGAAAUACAUACCGGUUUCCAAGGCGGAGCUCUUGGAUGCUAUUGUAUCGAGACUGUUCGAUUCUCAAGACGAAGAUGCUGGUCAAUUUCGCCUCCUCUCUUCGUGUUUGGAUUCUAUCCUUCACGCUGAACACAGAAGCAUUUUGGAACAAAUGCGAACCGAUUAUUACUUUUCUCAUUCCACGGAGAGAGAAAGAAAGAAAACGGCCGUUUCAGAAUCGGAAGUUGUAGCCAACGGUGAAACAUCUAACUUGACCGAGGAUAGCAUCGAACCUGACACGAGGUUCAAUUAUGGUCUGGACUUGACGAAUUUUCUAAGUUCUUCAGCUAAAAAUGUUAGGAGAUAUUCCGAUGACAAGUCCAGAGUUGCGGUCGCUACUCGUUUUCAAAGAGCUUUUAUGCAACUUCUUAAUGAUGCUCAGUUUGAAGAACUAUCAGUUAGGGAUUUGAUGUUGACAAAUGCUUUGAACACUGAUUAUCUCCUUACGUUGCCGAUAUAUGUUGACUGGAAGAGAGCCUCUGAAUCCAAUGCAAUUAUAUUCCGGCGGGGUUAUGCAACUGAGAGGCAGAAGGGUCUACUGAUUGUUGAAAAGCUGGAUUACUUGCAAUCCAGACUCCUGCGAGGAAUCUUCUCCAUUAUAUCAAAACCAGUAGGGAAAGUUGGCAAAUGGAUUUCUUACAAUCUCAAUGAGGCUCUCAAGGAUGCUUCUCAGGAAGAGGAAACACAAAACUGGAUUGGGAGAGUGAAGCUUUGGCUUGAGGAAGUGUCCUUCUUUCAACAGUCAUAUUUUAAUAAUGAGCAAAAUUUUGAAAAUGUGCCGGGGAUGGACCAACUAUCAGAUUGUGACCUUCCUAUUUGGCUGGCAGCACAGAGGGCAAUUAGUCGCUAUGAAGGUUUUCUGUCUCCAGUUGGACCCCGUGGAAGGCUUUUAAGGAAGUUGCUUGCACGGAUUGGAGUUAUACGUCCUACAUCAGAAAGACCAUUUCAGGCUCACAGUGAUAGUACUGUUUCUGAACCUUAUUUAAGGCCAACUUUCUUAUCAAGGAUAUCACUCAGUGAUAUAUGGAGACCGGCUACAAGGAAAUACUGUGGCAAUGAUGUUUGGAAAAUGUUAAAAACUUCUGUUUCCAUUCUCCUUUCACGGUCAGUCCUCCAGGAGCCAGCAUUUCAAGAAUUAAUUUUGCUUUAUACAAAGGAUUUUGCUGAAGAAGAUACUGAAGAUAACGCUGAGGCUCAAGCAUUACAACUAAAGAUCUACAAGAGAAUUCCUAUUCCAGAUUUACCAGUAAAUAGUCCUAACAACUCAUGUUAUUUUUCCUCACAAAAAGCUGUCUUUCCGUAUCAUAGACACGGUAUGAACAAGGUACGCCUGGAUGUAGCCACAAUAUUGGGACUUUUGGCAUUUUUCAUAAAUUACAAAUUCGAGGACAUUUUAUCUUCGCCAUCAGCAAUAUUUCUUGAUGUGGUUGCAAUCACUGCUCUGAUAAUAUAUGUGUCCCGCGUGGCGUUGGGUUACAAACAGACUUGGGAUAGGUAUCAGCUUUUGGUUAACAAGACCCUUUAUGAGAAAACCUUGGCAAGUGGCUUUGGCUCAGUUCAUUUUCUUUUGGAUGCUUCUGAACAGCAGCAAUACAAGGAGGCCAUUUUAACCUAUGCUAUCCUGCUUAACAUGGAGAAUGGUCAGGCUGCUUGUCACCAAAAAGUUGGAGAGAAAUGUGAAAGAUUUAUGUAUGACGUUUUUAAACGAAAGGUUGAAAUGCCAGUUGACAAGGCAUUGAAUACUUUGGUAAGGUUGGGCCUAGUGACAGAAACAACUGUUGAUGGAAGACUCAAGCUUGACACGGUUCCUUGCCCUAAGGCAUAUGAGGCUCUUAAAGAUCGUUGGCAUGAUUUGCUUGAUUAGUGUUUGUAUUACAAUUACCAAAUUCCAUUACCAUCAACUACUGUACAUCAGUCUGGAAGAUUUAGAAGUGUAAUCAUUUUCUCCUUAUGAAAUAGUAUAUUUUGCUUCUGUACCUGAUCUAUAAACUUACAUA